GUCCAGGUGUUCACUUCAUUCAAAGUUUCCACUCAUUGCGGACACUUGGACUGCGUUGUUGUUCAACUUCAACUUAAAGGUUUACGUCACGUUCAGGGCGCCUGGUUCUUUUUGUCCUGAACAUACUCACAAGGUGAAUUCAUCAAGCUAAUUCCUCUCCUUCGUCUUGCUCCUUGCCCCGGGCGCCUUGCCAAACCCCGUCCUCAGACGAGCAAUUGGCCGGCUUUCAUGUGGCCUCAAAGCUCCGAGCGCUUCUUCGUGCAAAGUUUCUCUUCUUGGGCGCAGCUCUUUCUAGCCAGUCGUCGCUCCGCCGUCGUACCACCAUGCCAUUGUCGGCAAGAUGCUAACAGCUGGAGAGAGUGCGGCGCUCAUUGAUGUACUUCAAGAUGAGAGAAGUUUCUCAGAGAACCUGAAAGCAUUCAAGGAAACUUUUGCGCCGAGGCGGCGCUUGCAGGCGUGCCGUGCUCUGGUCAUCUUGUUAGAGGAUCACCUCGUAUUGCAACCCGCCCAACGACUGGUGGCCCUUUUCGUUGUCUUCGAUCUCUACAAGGAAGACGAGCGGCCCGACCAUCCUUUUCUGCCCUUCCUCAUCCAAGCGGCCACCGACAAGCAAUCUCCCACUGUCGAACGGGCCCAUCUGAUUCAACUUCUAACCAGGCCGCCCUCUCCUGAGCAUCUUGCUGGAAGGGCCAAAGAUUUGAUCCAAGAGGAGUUGGGUCCUAGUAUAGAGGAGCAGCUGCCAAACGCGGCUGCCUUGCGGGAGCUCCUUCGGGAGCAGAACCGCCCGUCAGUUUCUUUGGAUGACCCUCCGGCAGGCGAUGCCAGAGCAGAACCUCUGAGGGACCAACCGCAGCUGCCGAACGGGCCCAGGCCGGCCGAGGCCGUUCCGGUGCAACCACAACCGGGGGCGUUCACUGCGGAACCGGAAUCCGGUGGAGAAGGUGGAGAAACUGCGAAAUCCGAGCCGCCCUGGCUGCGGCCCACCCCGCCGCCGCUUGCGGUGCAAGAAGGGGAGCUUGCAUGGCAUAACGUGGCCAUCCCGCACGCGUUCCUGUGGGACGCCAGCCUAGUUGCGGACGACGGCCGGGGCCGCUCCGUCCGCGAGCUGGUGGCACGCGCCCUCCGGGGGCCUCUCGCGUCCGCGCAGCAGCAGCAGCUGUUGGCGGAUCUCGAUGCGGAGCCCAAGCUGAUUUACCGGUGCGGGCUGGCGCCCAAACACUUGCCGGACCUUGUAGAGAACAACCCUCCCGUAGCGACGGAGUUCCUACUCCGGCUUAUGAACUCGAGCCAGAUCGGAGAGUACCUGUCGGCGCUGGUAAACCUGGACAUGAGCCUGCACUCCAUGGAGGUGGUCAACCGGCUAACCACCGCCGUCGAUUUGCCGACCGAGUUCGUGCACCGCUACAUCUCCAACUGUAUACGCUCCUGCGAAACGAUCCAGGAUAAGUACAUGCAGAAUCGGCUGGUCCGCCUUGUUUGCGUCUUCCUGCAGAGCCUGAUCCGGAACAAGAUCAUUAAUGUCCAGGACCUCUUCAUCGAGGUCCAAAAGUUUUGCAUCGACUUUGCGCGGAUACGGGAGGCCGCCACGCUCUUCCGGCUGCUAAAGAGCUUAGAGAACGAGAAGAGCCAGCCUUCCUUGUCGAGUCCGCCCAAGCAGCCUUCUCUUAACUCGGCGUCAAAAACAAGGUCGCCUUCUCCAGGCGCUUAAACGACUCUCUAAGGGCCUAGAGACGAGCAAGUCAUUUCUAACAAUCAAAACAGCCCAUUGCUGCCCGCUAUUCCGGUGACCUUCCGAGAUCGAGCUCGGAUUGGAGCUUUCUGGUGCUCUAUUUCACCGUCUGUUUUGACUUCAUGAACUGGUCUGUGACCCGUCUACAACUGAGGCACGCUUGUAGCUGCUGUUCUUUGGACCGCCUAAGCCACUUGUAUGGACGAUGACAAUGUGUUUCGUGAUAAUGCGCGUGAUAAUGCGUG